CUGCAACCAUUGCAUCUCGUGUGCCACAACCUUACUUCGAGUGUAUCGUGCUUUAAACCCCCCUGCUCGGGCCUGGCCAGGAGUGCAUCCAAGGGCUACAUUAGCGUCCCAUUGUCAUCUUUUUCUGUUGUUGUUGUCCGCGCCGAUGCGAGCUCUCGCCAUCCAACGACCAUCGCCUGAUCCCCGGAAACGGCGCUGACGCACUAGCAUGGCGAACCCUUCGGGGGAGUCUGCCAAACAUGAAGUCUUCGACGCCUCUAAACAAGCAAAGCCACCACCUCACUUCCUCCGCAGCCCGCCCUUGGCCCUCCCCGCCGUGCGCAUCGGGCUCGUGAGCCCGGAGGUCGGCUACGGCCUGUUCGCGGCGCGGGACCUGGCGCCCGACGAGUUCGUCUUCCACGAGGCGCCCCUGCUGACGGCGCCCUUCAACGAAAAGUUCGCGGCCGACCGCGCCCUCGUGCUGUCGCAGACGGCAGCCUGCCGCGCCGCCCUCGCCGCCCACCGCGACCUCGUCGCCGUCGCAUACCCGGCCCUGGCCGCCCGCCUCGGCGUGCCCCCGCUGCCCUGGGAGGAGGCCCGACGCGUGCUCGAGGGCGGCGGGCUGGGCAUGAACCUCGUCGUCGGCGGCAGCGGCGGCGGGGAUGGCCGGGCCACCACGCAGUUCGCCGGGGCCUCCGUCAAGCAGGCCGAGUACGAGGCGUACACGGCCGGGAUCAAGGUCAGCGCGAGCGUGUCCGAGGCCGACGUCAGGCAGGCGUGUCUGGACUUCUUCAAGCACUACGCCUUCCAGGUCCCGCCCAAGGGGAGCGGCGGCGCGGCCGGGGUCGGCGGCGUGAGUGCCCUGAUGAACGCCGCUUCCACGAGGGAGGCGUGCAUCUACCUGCUCGGGUCGCUCAUCAACCACUGCUGCACUCCCCCCGCCUCGGCGUCCUCCAGCUCCGCGUCCCUGGUGAUGAAGGGUAAGAAUAAGGGGCCCCCGCCCGGGCCGAACUGCUCGUGGCGCAUCGGCCCGUCCGGGCUGGCGCACUUUGUCAGGCCGCGGCAUAUCUGCGUCCAGGCGCGUCGGGCGAUUCGCGAGGGGGAGCAGCUCACGUGGGACUACGGCAAGCGGGAGAAGGGAUUCGACUGCCAGUGUGAUACAUGCCGGGACGGGCUCAUAGGGGGGCUUGGUUCCUGCCACGUGUUGUAGACGGAGGAGGGUUGGACCAUGCCAUCCGUAGCCUUGCUUGAUCGACACGUUGGGAAUUCAAAUCCCGCUCUGGGAUAAGCCAAGACGAUAAUAGAUGAUACUGGGGGGGGGAUUGGUCUCUGGCAUCGCUAAAACAACUUGCUAAGGGACAGCGUAUACCGAGAUCACACCGGUCGAAGCAGCGUUGCGUUAUUCAUCAAGCUUUCGUUCCCAAGCA